AUGCUCGCUUCUACCCGCUCGGCGGCCGCCAUGGCCCUGCGAGCCAAACCCACGACCGCCAUGGUUCCCUUUCGUGCCGCUGCCGCGCUUUCCACCAGCUCAAAACGAGACGCCACCUCUUUGACACCGCACAACGGCGCCACCGGCCUCCGCAAGAUGCGCAAGGACGUUCCUCUCGGCAGUGAGGAGGGCACCAAGGGUGUCAUUCAAUACGCUCUGACCUCGCUCGACGUCAUUGCCAAUUGGGCUCGCCAGUCCUCGCUCUGGCCCAUGACCUUUGGUCUCGCCUGCUGCGCCGUCGAGAUGAUGCACCUCUCAACGCCCCGCUACGACCAAGAUCGACUCGGCAUCAUCUUCCGCGCCUCCCCCCGCCAGUCCGACGUCAUGAUUGUUGCCGGCACCCUCACAAACAAGAUGGCCCCGGCCCUGCGCCAGGUCUACGACCAAAUGCCCGACCCCCGCUGGGUUGUCUCCAUGGGCAGCUGCGCCAACGGCGGCGGCUACUACCAUUACAGCUACUCGGUCGUCCGCGGCUGCGACCGCAUCGUACCCGUCGACAUAUACGUCCCCGGGUGCCCCCCCACCUCCGAGGCUCUGAUGUAUGGCAUCUUCCAGCUUCAGCGCAAGAUGCGCAACACCAAGAUUACCCGCAUGUGGUAUCGCAGGUAA